GAUUGGGUCCAGCUUGGUGUUCGCUCUGACUUGGUGUUUUGUUUGCCAGGCUCUCUGGUUGUGGGAGUAGAACAAUGAAGCUGGUCCCUUUUCCAAAAGUGUCAGAUUGCCAGAUGCCAAAACAGAAGAUGGCUAUGUUAAUCCGAGGACUACUUCAGAUGGCUGCUGUUGUGAUUGUGAUCGUCCUGGCGACAUUCUAUUUUGUGAUUUUCCAUAACUGUCCUGGAACGCUAACCCAAGAGGCUCCCACUACACAAAAACUGAGGUUUCCACCCCCAGUCAUCUGCCCCCACCUGGCAUAUGCACCUGUCCUGAGAACUCAAUGGUCCUGAAAGAUCACAUCCCAAAGGAUCAGUAUGAGGAGCUGGUGAAACGGCGCGCUAAGGAGCUCCAUCAACACAAAGCCAGGACCACGUCUGUAUUAUCCAGACUGCUGUUUGCUUCACCUAACUCUCCCCUGCAGUAUCCCAUCCAGGGUUUUAAAGUACUCCCUUUGACCUCCACUCUCAUACCAGGUUUAGCACUGCAUGCAGGAGAGAGAAGCAGCUACAAGGUGUCCUUGAAUGUGUCUAAAGGGGUCCUGACCACAGAGAGUACAGCUAAAGGAAUAAAGGUCCAAGGUGAUGAUGGGACCAGACUGAUAUUGGAGUCGAGUAGCCUGGUGAUCCUUAACUACCUGCUGUCUAAAGUGAACUACACCAGCACUGUCUACCACAUACACACUGCAGACCUCGCAUCUUUCCAGUUUGAGAACCAUGAAGCCGUGUUUCCCAUUACCAUCAAACAGCCUCGCCUGCCAGUCCUGUACGACAUGGGAACAGAUAUCAGCUCUCACGUCACCAUCAUCACCAAGACAUUCCUGCGCUACAAACAACUCAAGGUGUUGUUGAGUAGCAUCCGGAGUUUCUAUAGCAACAUAGAAGUCGUUAUUGCAGACGACAACCUGAAACCAGAGCACAUUACUGGAGAUCACAUCAGACAGUACAUCAUGCCCCCAGCACAGGGCUGGUUUGCUGGCAGGAAUCUGGCUGUCUCCCAGGUAACCACCAAGUACUUCCUGUGGGUGGACGAUGACUUUGUGUUUACGGCAAAGACGAAGAUAGAGAAGCUGGUGGAGGUGAUGGAGGAGUUCCCCGAACUGGAUGUGCUCGGCGGGACGGUGCAAGGGAACCAGUUUUAUUUCUCUCUCAUCUAUGAGGAAGGAGAGGAAAUGGAUGGAGGCUGCCUCUACAGAAAGUCUAAAGGGAAGUUCCACUCACUUCCUGGUUACCCAAAAUGCUUUCUAGCCAGUGGGGUGGUCAACUUCUUCCUGGCUCGAACGCAAGCCGUACAGAGGGUGGGAUUUGACCCUAAGCUCCAGAGGGUAGCCCACUCGGAGUUCUUUAUGGAUGGCCUGGGCUCCUUAAUGGUUGCCACGUGUGACCACGUGUCCAUCGGCCAUCAACAACUUAAAGGCUACAAAUACGAGAUUUCCUACAGUAAAUUCAGACACCCUGGCAAAGGUGACACGGAGCGCAAACUGCAGCUCCACUUCUUCAAAAACCACCUAAAGUGUGUCAAAUAUGGAUAGCUGACCACUUGAGGAUUUUGAGUGACAUAUUUCCCUGUGCUUAUUAAAAUAAAUGCAUUUUAUAUUUCUCUUUCUCCUUUAUUGGAUACUUUCUGAUAAUUUUUUUCCCA